UUCAAAAGGCGUAACUGAGAGACGUCGAGGUUUACCAUUUUUAACCCCCAAAAAAUUCAAAAUUAGGGCAACGGCUUCUCAACCCGUCUCUAUUGUCUUCCACCCAAAUUUGGAUCGACGUCCGGCCUCCGGAGCACUUCAAGUAUGCCGUCGACUCGCAGCUGUCCUUGCCUAAACACCCACCUCUCGCCGCUGAAGAAGAUAUCUCUUUCUCGAACCGACUCACUCCUGCAGCCGGAGCUCGACCUUCUGUUUGCGCUCCCUAAAGUCCGCCCGACCUUGUGGCGCGCUGAUCUAGUUGUGGUGCUUUCUGUGGUAGGUGAAAUUUCAAAUUGUGUUGGAAGUUCUGAUCUCGCCAAGGAUUUCUGCUUCUGCAAGCCUUUUGAACAAUUUUUGAUCUUUUUGGUUGAAGUUGUUUGCUUAAUUGACGAUCCUGGAAAUUUAGGGUUUUGUCUGCAGACUUGAGCUUGCCAGGAACACAGAGAGAGAGAGAGUGGGAGAUUGAGAAAUGAGUUGCUUUCCUUGUUUCUUGAGGAAGAGGAUCCCAAAGGAGGAACUAUCUCGCAUUGUAAGCGGCACAGAUAAAAAUGAGCUCAGGAAAAAGCCUGAGUAUGUGGCACAAAAAUCCACAGAAGCAACUCGAAAAGAUGCUGGAAAUGGUAAUAUUGCAUCGCAGACUUCCACAGAAGCAACAACAAGAGAUGCUGGAAAUGGAAAUAUUGAAGCUCGAAAUUUCACAUUCCGUGAGCUGGCUGCGGCUACCAAGAAUUUCCGGGCUGAAUGUCUGUUGGGUGAAGGAGGGUUCGGCAGAGUUUAUAAGGGUCACCUUGAGAACCUUGGACAGGUGGUGGCGGUUAAGCAGCUUGACAGGAAUGGAUUCCAAGGGAACAAAGAAUUCAUUGUCGAAGUGAUGAUGCUUAGUCUCCUCCAUCAUGAAAAUCUAGUCAAGCUUAUUGGCUAUUGCGCUGAUGGUGCUCAAAGACUUUUGGUAUAUGAAUACAUGUCCUUGGGCUCCUUAGAAGACCAUCUCCUCGAUAUAUCGCCGGAGCAGAAACCUCUAAACUGGUACACUAGGAUGAAAAUAGCAUAUCAUGCUGCUCAAGGUCUAGAGUAUUUGCACGAGGAGGCCAACCCGCCAGUGAUCUACCGUGACCUCAAAUCAUCCAAUAUCCUACUUGACGAAGAUUUCAAUGCAAAAUUGUCUGAUUUUGGUCUUGCGAAAUUGGAUCCCAUGGGAGAUGAAAUUCAUGUUUCUUCGAAGGUGAUGGGCACUUAUGGGUACUGUGCGCCUGAGUAUGCUAGAACAGGUGAACUUACAGUGAAGGCAGAUGUAUACAGUUUCGGAGUUGUGUUGCUCGAGCUGAUCACAGGGAGGAGUGCAAUUAACACGUUGAAGCCAACAAGUGAACAGAAUCUUGUCUCUUGGGCGAUGCCAAAAUUCAAAGAUCAAAAGAGGUUCAAAGAACUAGUUGAUCCACUCUUGAAUGAAGAUUAUCCAGCAAAUGGCUUGAGCCAAGCAGUUGCUGUUGCUGCAUUAUGCCUUCAAGAAGAGGCUACCUCUCGCCCAUUUAUGGCUGAUGUGGUCACCGCACUACAUGUUCUUGUAGACACUCCACGAGUGUAAACCAUUCUCCAUCAUCAAGAUCCAACUUUUAAGCAUUGGAUGUUAUCAUUUGUAGAUGAGAAGAAUGUCAGGGAACCAAAUAGUUGAAAGUGGCUCUUCUAACAUAUCGUUGUUGUUGUCGGAUGAUGUUGUGCAUUGAAAACAUGUUAGGGGUUUUAGUUUAUUGCCUUAACCUUCCUCUUACAACUCUGUAAGGUCGCUUAUGUCACAAGUAAACAUGAUAUGAUUUUGAAAGGUAAACACUAGUUUUCAGUUUGUUGACUAUGCAUCUCAAA